AUGGUCUCCAUUUACAACAGCAGCGGUCAUGACGACUUGGCUGCGUUAACCAGCCGAUAUGUCCCUGCAGCAAUGUCUCUCAACGGCACCGCCUAUUUAGGGGGAGGAGUCCUAAUCCUCACCAAGACACUUACUGGGGAAUCAGUAGAAGUGAUCGACGAACCCAAAGCAAACAAAACAACGGAUAUCAUCGAUGUUAAAAUUGUUCAAGUUGCCUUUUGUAUUUUAUACACAAUUAUCUUCGUUUUGGGAGUUUUUGGCAAUGUUCUCGUCUGCUAUGUCGUCUUCCGGAACAGAGCGAUGCAAACUGUUACAAAUCUCUUCAUCACAAAUUUAGCGCUCUCCGACAUACUGCUAUGCAUAUUCGCUGUGCCUUUGACGCCAAUGUACACAUUUUUAGGAAGAUGGGUUUUCGGAAGACUCCUUUGUCAUCUAAUGCCAUACGCACAAGCUAUAUGUUAUACAUGCGUAAGUAUAAGAUUGAAUGACCGAGCGAGGUCGAAACCAGGUGCUAAGAAUACCAGAAGAGAAGAAGCGGACAGAGAUAGGAAAAGACGCACAAACAGAAUGCUCAUAUCAAUGGUGGCUAUAUUUGGGAUAUCCUGGCUACCUCUGAACUUGAUCAAUAUUUUCAACGACUUUUAUGCCCAGAUGACAGAGUGGAAUUAUUACUUUGUAUCAUUCUUUCUCGCUCAUUCCAUGGCGAUGGCGUCAACGUGUUACAAUCCUUUCUUAUACGCAUGGUUAAACGAGAACUUCAGGAAAGAGUUCAAACAGGUGCUUCCGUUUUUUGAAUCAACGGGUGGUGUGAGAAACAGUUAUCAUUCUGGUCGCAUGCCAACUCACAAGGCUGACAAAAUAUGUAACGGAAAUGAUACUAUUCAAGAAACUUUGUUGGCUUCGUCAUUCAAUAGAGGGCCGUCGAUAAAGCAACGGAUAUUGGAAGGCAAUGGAAAGAAAGAUAAUGGCGUGGAGGUUGAGAAUAUUAUAUUAGAAGAUAAGGUUUUAUCAGCUACGUAUCACACGAAAAGCGAAAAUGUAAACUUGCAGUUAAUAGACGAAGAAUCACAACAAAGUGAGACGAGGGAGACGAAAUCACCUAUGUAA